AUGCAACGACGAUGCAACGGCGAUGCAACGACGAUGCAACGGCGAUGCAACGGCGAUGCAACGGCAAUGCAACGGCGAUGCAACGGCGAUACAACGACGAUGCAACGACGAUGCAACGACGAUGCAACGACGAUGCAACGACGAUGCAACGACGGUGCAACGACAAUGCAACGACGAUGCAACAGCGAUGCAACGGCGAUGCAACGGCGAUGCAACGGCGAUGCAACGGCGAUGCAACGGCGAUGCAACGACGAUGCAACGACGAUGCAACGGCGAUGCAACGGCGAUGCAACGGCGAUGCAACAAUACAACAACAAUACAACGACAACGACAAUACAACGACAACGACAAUACAACGACAAUACAACGACAAUACAAUGA